GGCCCGUCCCCCCACCCGGGAGGCGGUGCCGCAGGCUGAGCCGAGCCGAAGUGAGCCGAGCCGAGCUGGGCUGAGCCGCGCUGGACUGAGCCGAGUCGGGCCGGGCUGAGCCGGGCUGGGCUGAGCCGAGCCGAGCCCGGCCAAGCAAAGUCGAGCUAAGCUGAACCGGACCAGGCUGAGCCGGUCUGGGCUGAGCCGAGCUGAGCUGAGCUGGUCUUAGCCGUGCCGGGUCGUGUGGUGCUGAGCCGAGCCGAGCCGAGCUGAGCCGAGCCUCGGCAGGAUGCUGCGGUACCUGCUGAAGACGCUGCUGCAGAUGAACCUGUUCGCCGACUCGCUGGGGGCCGAAGGCUCCAACUCCUCUUCCUCACUCCUGCUCGGCAUCAACCGCUCCAUCGCUGCGCUCCACCUGCCCGAUCUCACCCCCGGUAAUGGGUCCCAGUCUCUGCUGGAGGACACGGCCCCCCGCAUCGUGGAGCACCCCACGGAUCUCCUGGUCUCCAAAGGGGAACCGGCCACGCUGAGCUGCAAGGCCGAGGGGCGCCCGGCCCCGGCCGUGGAGUGGUACAAAGACGGGGAGCGGGUGGAGACGGACCGGGAGGAUCCCCGCUCCCACCGCACCCUCCUGCCCGGCGGCUCCCUCUUCUUCCUCCGCAUCCUGCACGGGCGGCGGGGCAAGCCCGACGAGGGGGUCUAUGUCUGCGUGGCCAGGAAUUACCUGGGGGAGGCCACCAGCCGGAACGCUUCCCUGGCGGUGGCCGUGCUGCGGGACGAUUUUCGGCAGCCCCCCGGGGAUGUGGUGGUGGCGGCGGGAGAACCGGCCGUGCUGGAGUGUGUCCCGCCCCGCGGCCAUCCCGAGCCCAGCGUCUCCUGGAAGAAGAACGGAGUCCGGCUCAGCGACAAGGACGAGCACCUGACGAUCCGUGGAGGGAAGCUGAUGGUGGCCAGUACCCGCAAGAGCGACGCCGGUGUCUAUGUCUGCGUGGCCACCAACGUGGUGGGGGAGAGGGACAGCGAGCCGGCCGAGCUGGUGGUCUUUGAGCGCCCGGCGUUCGGCAAGAGGCCCCUGAACCAGGCAGUGCUGGUGGAGGGGACGGCGGAGUUCGCCUGCGAGGCAGUGGGGGAUCCCCAGCCAGCGGCGCGGUGGCACAAGGAGGAGGGCGAGAUGCCACUGGGAAGGUGGGAGGUGCUGCCAGACAACACCCUGCGGAUCAGCCGGCUGCGAGCAGAGGACGAGGGCACCUACACCUGUGUGGCCGAUAACAGCGUGGGCAGGUCAGAGGCAUCGGGCACCCUCACUGUGCAUGUGCCCCCCCAGCUCGUCACUGGGCCCCGCGACCAGGCUGUCACCCCUGGCCAGAGCGUGACCUUCCAGUGCCAGAGCAAGGGCAACCCACCGCCCGCUGUCUUCUGGCAGAAGGAGGGGAGCCAGACCCUGCUGUUCCCGGGCCAGCCCCCGCUCCCCUCCAGCCGUGUUUGGGUGAGCCCCGGAGGUGCCAUGACCAUCACCAAUGUCCAGCCCAGCGACGCCGGCCACUACCUGUGCCAGGCCAUCAGCGUGGCUGGCAGCGUCCUGGCCAGGGCACGCCUGGAGGUGAUGGGGGCACCCACCGAGCUCCACCCGCCGGUGGUCAGCCCCGUUCCCGCUAACCGGACGGUGCUGCCGGUGGGGGCCACGGCCCGGCUGCCUUGUGGGGUGUGGGGCGGUGACCCCCCGGGCAGUGUGGGGUGGCUGAAGGAUGGCAGUGCCCUGGUGGGUGCCCAGUCCCGUGCCAGCCUGCUGGAGAACGGCACCCUGCAGAUCACCGGCCUCCGGGUGAGAGACUCUGGGCUCUAUGAGUGCGUGGCCACCAGCCCAGCGGGCGAGACACGCUGGGGCAGCUCCCUGGAGGUGCAAGGUGAUGAAUCUGACCUCUCCCCACCCUCCCCUGUGCCCGGAGUCCUCCCCGGGCCACCCUCCACCCCUGUGGUCACCAACAUCACCAAAAGCAGUGUCACCCUGAGCUGGAAAGCGAACAAGGACAGCGAUGCCACCCAUGUCACCUCCUACAUAGUGGAGGCUUUCAGCCAGGCGGCGGGUGGCCCGUGGCGGACAGUGGCAGCUGAUGUGGAGGGUGAGACCCACACGGUGAGCGGCCUCGUCCCUGACACCAUCUACCUGUUCCUGGUGCGGGCGGUCAACGCCUACGGGCUCAGUGACCCCAGCGGCGUCUCAGAGCCUGUGCACACCCAAGAUGCCAGCCCCACGCAGCAAGGGCUGGACCCCGAGCAGGUGCAGCGGGAGCUGGCCCGAGUGGCUGUGCACCUGCAGGAGCCCGUGGUGCUGCCGCUGGGCGCCGUCCGCCUCUCCUGGACCGUGGAGCGCCCAGCGCCCUUCCUUCAGGGCUACCGUGUGCUGUACCGGCGGCGUGGUGGGCGCUGGGAGGAGGCGCGGGCGGUGCGGGCGCCGGAGGAGCGAGAGGCCCUGCUCACCGAGCUGCGCCGGGGCCAGGACUACGAGAUCAAGGUCCGACCCUACUUCCGUCAGCUCCAGGGUCCAGACAGCGCCGUGCGCACUCUGCGCACCCCCGAGGCGGCCCCCAGCGCCCCCCCGCGAGCUGUCAGCGUGGCUGGGAAUGGCACCAGUGUCCGCAUCUCGUGGCAGCCACCACCACUGGCCGAGCAGAACGGCGUCAUCCGGGAUUACCGGAUUUGGUGCCUGGGCAACGAGAGCCGCUACCACAUCAACCAGAGCGUGGAGGGGACGGUGCUGGCGACAGUGCUGCGGGGACUGGUCCCCGGGGUCCCUUACCACGCCGAAGUCGCCGCCGCCACUGGCGCGGGUGUGGGUGCCCGCAGCGCCCCUGUCCCCAUCCGCGUCGCCCCCCUGGUGGAGCGGGAUGCGGAGCCAGCGGGCGGGAGCAGCAUGACCGAGCGCUUGGCUGAGGUGGCCAGGCAGCCAGCCUUCAUCGCCGGCGUCGGCAGCGCUUGCUGGGUCGUUCUCGCCGCCUUCGCCGCUUGGCUCUACAGCCGCCGCCGCAGGAAGAAGGAGCUCAGCCACUUCACCGCCUCCUUUGCCUACACACCCACCGGUAAGCCCACAGGUGGCGCGGGGUCCCGGCGCGGCCUCUCGCCGCCCUCACCCCGCUCUCUUUCCGCAGUCGCCUUCCCGGUUCCAGCGCGCGGCAGCCCCAGGGCAGCCGCCGGCAGUGGUUACCCGUGGCUGGCGGACGCGUGGCACGGUGGCGGCACAGCCAGUGCUGCGGGUUGCUUGGGCACCGCUGAGAGAUACUACAAUGACGCCGGCAUCACCCGUUACAUCGCCCAGACGGAGCAGUUUGGGGCGGGGGCCGGCGAGGGGCCGGUUUACAGCACCAUCGAGGCGGACAGUGAGGAGCUCUGCACCUUCCCCCGUCCCUUCUCGCAGUAUGGGACCCCCUAUCCCGGGCUGGGUCCUCAGCCGAUGGAUGCUGCAGCCGCCCAGGCACCCCGAGGAUGGGCUGAGCACGGGGCCAAAGCAAAGCUGGGGCAAGCGGUGAAACUGCCAGCGGUGAGUUGGACAGAGCUGCUGCCCCCUCCACCCUCGGCUAGCGAGCUCAGCCAGUGCACCCAGGAGAAGGAGGAGGAGGAGGAGGAAGAGGAGGAUGAAGAGGAAGAGGCAGCCAGAGGGUUGGGGAUGGAGGUGUGGUACCCCGGUGAGGACAUCCCCUGUGCCACCGCUGCAUCCUCGCCCACCACCUCCUCCGGCUGCCGGUCCACCACCACGCUGACACCAUCGCCCCGCACCACCGAGGACAUUCCCCGCCUCCGGGACUUCGACAGCUCCCGCCUGCCCCGGAGACCCCCCCACAGCGCCGGCACCCCCCCACAGGCACCCAGUCCCCCAGUGACUCCGGAUGCCAGCGAGGGCCACCCACCCCGAGCCCGCUGCCCCCCCGGCGCAGGGAAACACCGCGGGGCGGCCCCUAAAAGUCGCCUGAAGCCCAAAUGCAGCCGCUACUGCCGGGAAAAGCAGACGGGAGACCUGCCGCCGCCGCCGCUGCCGCCGCCGGGAGAGACCCGCGGCCCCUCUCCAGAGCAGGAGCCCAGCGGGGCCGAGCGCAGGGUCGCCCAUCGCCCGCCCCGCGGCGACGAGCUCGUCCCCUACAGCAAGCCCUCCUGCCUGCCCCGCGGGCAGGUGUCUGGCAGCUGCUCCACCACAGGCAGCGUCUCGUCCCGCGGCUCCGCCAGCUCCCGGGACCACGGCUCGGGGCGCAGCCGGAUCCCGGCGGAGCGCGGCGAAGGGAGCGGCCAUCGCCGCCGCCCGGGGGCCGCAUUGCCCGGCCCGUCGCAGGAGAAGCGAUAAAGUGGAGGGCAAGCCGGUGACAGGGUUGGGGACACGAAGGGACGUUCUUUAAUUUCUGGGUGGCGUCAUGUAAAUAGGGUUGCACAGAGCCAGCGGCCGGUGGGCGUCAGAGUGAGGGGGGACAGGGGUGCUCGGGGUGGGACACGGAUAAUCACAAGGGAUGAGGACCCUGGGGAGGGACAAAGAUGCUCAGGGAAGGAGGAGGAUACUUGGGGAGGGAUGAGGACCCUUGGGACAAGGACGGUAGGGAAGCGCAAGGAUACAAUUCAGAGGAUUAGGAUGCUCAGGGAGACCAAGGACAGUCAUGAGGAAUGAGGACCCUGGGAAGGGAUGAGGAUGCUCAGGAGGGACAAGGAAGAUAAUUGGGGAAGGAGGAGGAGCCUGGGGACAGAGGCAGUUGUUCAGAGAGGGAUGAGGACGUUGGGGAGGGAUGAGGAUGCUGGAGGGGGAUAAGAUUGAUGCUUAAGCAGGGCAAAGAUCUUGGGGACAAGGACAGUUUGGAGGAACAAGGGUGCUGGGAAAGGACAAGGACGACUGUGAGGGAUAAGGACGAUUGAAAUGGAUGGGGACAGUUGGAAUGAGAUUACAAGGGAGGGACAAGGACACUGCAGAUGGUUUAGGGUGCUGGUGAGUGACAAGGAAGGCAGGGGGACAAGGAUGCCUGGGAGCAAGAGGACACAGGGAAAGGACAAGGUUGCUUGGGAAGGACAAGGACAGUAGUAAGGGACGAGGAGGAUAGUUGCUGGGGGAUGAGGACAGUGGGAAGGGACAAGGACACUUGGUGCAUAGGGCAAAAACAAUUAGAGAAGGAUGAGGAUGCUCAGGAGGGCUGAGGACCCUGGGAAUGAGGAUGAUUAGGAGAGACAAAGACACUCGGAGGAGGCACAGGUGGCUUGGGAAGAAUGAGGAUACUUGGGAGGGACAAGGAUGGUUGAGGUGGGACAAGGAUGCUGAGGAAGGACAUGGACUUUUAGAAAUGACAAGGACAGUUGGGAGAAAUGGGAAUGGUCAGCAGGCCUGGGGAUGGUCAGGGGGACAACCCUGAGGAAGGACAAGGACACUUGGGAUGGACAACAGUGCUUGGGCUGGACAAGGGUAAUUGGGGGGGAUGAGGAUGUUGGGGAAGGAUGAGGGCACUGGGGAGGGAUGAGGACACUGUGGAGGGAUGUGGACACAGAGGGGAUGGGGACUCUUGGGAAGAAUGAGGAUGCUGGGGAGGAAUGAGGUUUUUGGGAAAGUAUGGGGACACUGAGGAGGGAUGGGGACACUGCGGAAGGAUGGAACACUUGGGAAGAGCAAGGACACUGGAGAAGGAGGGACACCCACCCACCUUGGUGCCACCCACCCUUUGUGGGUGGCUUUUCCUAGUAAAGAGCCCCUUUUUGGGGAACUGCCUAAUAAAACUGGAUUUUAGCCGA